CACUUCAACUUCACUGGUACCUCUCGGGCAAGAAUUGCAAAAUUUGAACUCAGAGCAGAGAAGAAAUACAGAAGCGGAAAUGGCGACAAAAUCAAACAUCAAGGGUUUCUACAAGCAGCAGAAAACAACUGGCAUCGCAAAGUCAAAGACGAAGUCAAAGUCUGCAUCCUCCACGCCAAAGCAAUCCCCCACCUUUGGCAUUGACAGCCCUCAAACGCCGGCUAGCGUCUCCCAGGGCUCCCCGGCUUUACAAGGUGAGCAUGAUGAGAAUGAGAGUGUGUUGAGGCAAUUUGACAUGAACAUGGUGUAUGGACCAUGCCUUGGAAUGAGCAGACUUGAGCGAUGGGAGCGGGCCAGGAAGCUUGGUUUGAACCCUCCCAAUGAUCUCCUGCAUAUCCUCUUUGAGGGCAAGAAUGUUCGAAAAGAUUGUCUGUGGGCUGGCCUGGUCUAGCUUUCUUUCACUCUUCUUCAGCAGUGUGCUGCUUCUUGGAAUUAGUUUGUGGAUUCGUAUUUCUGUUGAAUAGCCCCUGGCUGUGUUUGUGUCCUCAGCACUUUCAGUUGUGUACUGUAAUACUGUGUAUCUGAUGAAUACUAUUUAUGAGUGUUUUCUGCAACAUGGGUUGCUAUUAUCAUUACCAAACUUGUUGGAUUUCAGUUUCUUACCAGAAAUCAAUGGGCAUUGUACAAUAUAGGAAGCGAUUGAAAAGAAAACGAAUAUGGUUUAUGGAACCCCUGUUUGGAUCUA